AUGGCAAGGAUGAGUCCAGAUGAUCAGAAACGAGACGCUAUCGAUGCAAAGAAUAAUCGCGUGAGGAAGUUGAAAGAGAGGCCGGUUUGGGGUAUCGGUGGCGUCUUUCCUUCGGAAGAGAACAUUGCCGAAGAAGAUUUUCAGCGGGGACAGCAGGGUAAUGAUGUGUUUAAAGCAGCGGCAGAAAUAGUUUAUAGCAGGGGAAUGCAGCUGGGGAAGGAGAUGAGUGAGGAGAUGAACAGACGUAGGAUAGGGAAUGUUGGCGAGACAAGUAGGAAUCGCAGUGGGAUUACUUCCAAUGGUAAUAUCGGCAGACCCAAGUUGAAGUCGCUACAGAGACCAGAGAGGAGUGUCUGA